ACUACCAGUAAAAACAUGGACAGGAGUUGAAGAAAUCUAAUCGUGUUUUAAAAGCUUCGUUGGACUACUCUGUUUUUCAGACCCAAAAAAAGCCAGCGCAGGUUCAACGAAAGCUUUUUACAGAUAUGUUGAUGGUGGUAGCAACAGUGUUGGUGGGUGUGGCGAUAUAUGCAUAUAAAAGCACGAAGCCGCCUCCUCCAAAAAUAUGUGGUUCACCAAAUGGUCCUCCGAUAACAUCUCCAAGAAUCAGGCUCGGUGAUGGAAGACAUUUGUCUUACAGAGAGAGGGGUCUCCCAAAAGAGAGAGCCAAGCACAGAGUCGUACUAGUCCAUGGCUGGAACCGUUCCAAGGACAUUCAUUUGGCUCUAUCAGAAGAGGUGAUGGAUGAGCUGGGUGUCUAUAUUGUGACAUUUGACAGAGCAGGGUAUGGAGAAAGUGAUCCAAACCCGAAGCGAUCAGUGAAGAGUGAAGCAUUUGACAUUCAAGAGCUUGCAGACCAAUUGAAGCUGGGACCCAAGUUUUACGUGAUUGGGAUCUCCAUUGGAACUUACUCCAUCUGGGCUUGCCUCAAGUACAUCCCGCACAGGCUAGCUGGUGCAACUCUAGUAGUUCCAGUAAUCAACUACUGGUGGCCUUCUUUUCCUCCUAAACUGGUAAAUGAUGUAUUCAGAAAACAACUUAAAAGGGACCAAGUAAAACUUACCAUCGCUCACAACUUCCCUGGAUUACUAUAUUGGUGGAUGACCCAGAAAUUGUUCCCUUAUUCUUCCAUCCUCCAAAGGCAUCCAACAAUUCUCAGCAAGCGUGACUUAGAAACCUUGAAGCAAAUGCCACAAGAACAAAUUCUUGAUGAGGCUAAGGUAAAGCAACAAGGCGAAUACGAAUCCCUGCAUCGAGACCUGAUGGUGCAUUUUGGUGAAUGGGAAUUUGAUCCAAUGGAGCUAAAAAACCCAUUUCCAAAUAAUGAAGCAUCUGUUUAUCUGUGGCAAGGUCAUGAAGACAAGCUGGUGCCAUAUGAAUUGCAAAGAUAUGUUGCAAAGAAGCUACCUUGGAUUGACUACCAUGAAGUUCCUGAUGGUGGUCAUCAACUGAUUCAUGAAAAAGGCUUAUGUGAGACCAUGUUCAGAGAACUUUUACUUGGUGAGAAGCCCUCAAUCUAGCUAGCAAGCCAGCUAAUCCAGUCAUAUAUAAUAAAAGGUGUCAGAGAUAUGUAUAAACCUGGUAUCUUACAAAUCUGUAUACAUAUAAAGUUGACUUGCUGUUGAAGCCUAUCUGGCCUAACAUGUUUAUGCUAUGAAUCUUAACUCUUUGUUCUACA